AUGGAUUCCAGCUCUAGUGAGCUAGCCUUUGAUUUCUCACCCUUUCUCAAAAUCUUCAAAAACGGCAGCAUCGAGAGAAUCACCGGGUGCGACGUCGUUCCGCCGUGCCACGAUCCCGCAACAGAUGUCCUAUCCAAAGACGUGAUAAUCUCAAAAGACGACGACAUAUCAGCCAGGAUAUUCAUUCCCAAACUCACCGAUCAAACCCAAAAGCUCCCUCUCCUUGUCUACUUCCACGGUGGGGGGUUCUGCAUAGAAACACCGUAUUCACCUCAAUACCAUAAUUUCCUCAACUCAAUUGUUUCCAAGGCCAACAUCGUUGGUGUGUCGGUUCACUACAGAAGAGCCCCGGAACACCCCGUUCCGAUCGCUCAUGAAGAUUCCUGGACUUCGCUCAAGUGGGUGGAGUCCCAUUUGAAUGGAAACGGCCCUGAGGAGUGGCUCAAUCGCCACGCUGAUCUCGGGAAUGUGUUCUUCGCUGGGGACAGUGCCGGAGCAAACAUCGCACACCACAUGGCUAUUCGGGUCGGGACCCACGGGCUUCCGGGUAUCAACCUCCAAGGGAUUGUGCUGGUUCAUCCUUACUUUUGGGGCGUGGAGCGAAUUGGUUCUGAGUCCCAACAGACAGAGCAUCUUUCCAUGGUGGAUAAUUUGUGGAGUUUUAGUUGCCCAACCUCAACAGGAUCCGACGACCCGUUGGUGAACCCUGCUAAGGAUCCGAAUCUGGGGAAGCUGGCUUGCAAGAGAGUGUUGGUUUUGGUUGCUGAGAAGGAUUUGCUGAAGGAUAGGGGUUGGUAUUACAAGGAUUUGCUGGAGAAGAGUGAGUGGCAAGGUGUUGCUGAGGUGAGGGAGGCCAAAGGAGAAGGUCACGUCUUUCAUUUGAUCAAUCCAGACUGUGACAACGCUGUCUCCUUGCUCCAUAAAUUUGCUUCCUUCAUCAACCAUGGUUAA